AUGGCAAUUUCGAGCUUGAUUUACAAUACAUUCAUGAAACGUAACUCGGUUUACGUUUCAACAAUCUUUGCCGGUUCAUUUGCAUUUUCUUUAUCAUUCGAUACUAUCACCACAAAAUGGUGGGAAAACCAUAACCGAGGUAAACUUUGGUCAGAUAUUCGUGACAAGGUUUGCAAGAAGAUUAUCUAA